AUGGUAUUUCCCUUGCUGUGGGUUUUACACACCGAUCUGAUUGGAAGGACCGUAGCUGACGGGCCGAUUUCAUCUGCAUCUACGACCACCACAACUUCUUCGAAGAGCAGCUCCCCCUUCAUCAUCGAGCCAGUUUGUACCAAAUGCAACUGUAACCCUGGUCGGCCGCAGUGGAAAGGCCAGCAAUCUUUGGAGAGCUGUGCCCUUACUUGCGCGCAAGAGGGAUCCUGGUUCAGACAUGCAAGUGGUACAAACGAAGCUGGAAAUCCAGGUGACAACAACUGCGGCUGUUGCCUGGACGUUCAGACCCUGGAUGAGGAAACUUUCUGGGGGAUCAAUGUCUACCAGUUCCGUGAUCUGAAUUCGUUCCACUACUACCUGCGAACCUGUACGGAAUGCUCUUGCAUCAGCUCUGACAUGUAUUUCUCAGCAGCACGGAGCUUCGAUGACUGUGUAGCCUUUUGCGCUGCCCAGAAUUUUCCUCAUUUCCAGUACGGGACUGCUGAUGGCGCUAUGGGUGACAACAACUGCGGCUGUUGCCUGGACGUUCAGACCCUGGAUGAGGAAACUUUCUGGGGGAUCAAUGUCUACCAGUUCCGUGAUCUGAAUUCGUUCCACUACUACCUGCGAACCUGUACGGAAUGCUCUUGCAUCAGCUCUGACAUGUAUUUCUCAGCAGCACGCAGCUUCGAUGACUGUGUAGCCUUUUGCGCUGCCCAGAAUUUUCCUCAUUUCCAGUACGGGACUGCUGAUGGCGCUAUAGGCACCUGUGCUUGUUGCAACUCUGACGCCACGGAAACAUCUGUUGGCGGUACUAGCGUGUAUACUUAUGCUGAGAGCAAAGUGGGGGUUGAUGGUACUGUUGUCUGGACUACAGAGCCCAUUGGCUCCUCCCUCGUCAUCGAGCCAGUUUGUACCAAAUGCAACUGUAACCCUGGUCGGCCGCAGUGGAAAGGCCAGCAAUCUUUGGAGAGCUGUGCCCUUACUUGCGCGCAAGAGGGAUCCUGGUUCAGACAUGCAAGUGGUACAAACGAAGCUGGAAAUCCAGGUGACAACAACUGCGGCUGUUGCCUGGACGUUCAGACCCUGGAUGAGGAAACUUUCUGGGGGAUCAAUGUCUACCAGUUCCGUGAUCUGAAUUCGUUCCACUACUACCUGCGAACCUGUACGGAAUGCUCUUGCAUCAGCUCUGACAUGUAUUUCUCAGCAGCAAGGAGCUUCGAUGACUGUGUAGCCUUUUGCGCUGCCCAGAAUUUUCCUCAUUUCCAGUACGGGACUGCUGAUGGCGCUAUAGGCACCUGUGCUUGUUGCAACUCUGACGCCACGGAAACAUCUGUUGGCGGUACUAGCGUGUAUACUUACGCUGAGAGCAAAGUGGAGGUUUCUGUUGGCAGUACUAGCGUUGCUGAGUCUGCCCAGACAGGAAGCGCGAUAGGAAGUGCACAUCCUAUUGUACCAUACCUCCUUCAUGUCAUAUUUUUGCCCUUCCUUUGUUGAGAUCCGACGUGUUUCACGUUUGACCCCUGUGUAAUGCAUCUUCGGCCCAAGGCCAAGGUGUAUUUCGAGCAGACCUGCAAAGCAGACGCCGGCCAUCACCAUGGUAUCUAAGCAAACACGCUUAACAUAUUUCAAUAGGUCAUCCGCGUUUCCAGCAACAUCUUGAGUGGUAGCUGAAAGUGAUGAAAGGGCGCCACUUCCACGUUUCGUGUUUCUUUUGGUAUCAAGGCACCCAGUUUUUGUUUCAGAAUUUCAAGAAGUCUAGUAGAUAAUGCCGUUUCAGUUGUCCAAGUCUUGUCCAAAUCUUGGAACUGGAACACAUGAAGGAAGGGUGGAGGGAUAGGUCCAAUUUGC